AUGGCGCCUACCAGAGGAUGCGGAAACACCUCCCUCUACAUUCCCAUAAGUAUUGAAGAGUCUGCCUCAGUCUCUGUCCUUCCCAGUAACAAAGUCUGUGAUGAAAACAGAAUCUUCUUCCUCCUGAGUCCAGGAAGACCAUAUUUCUGUGGACACCCAAAUAGCUCAAUUCAUGAAUACGUCACAAUCAGGCAAAAGAAGAUGCUUUUCUUGCAACUUGGUGGUAAAGGGGAGGCUUCUGAGAAAAUGCCCAUUGAACAGACCCCCAAUCCCAUUUGCAGAGGGCCCCCAUUGCUGGAAUUAGCCCGGAUUCAACCUCUUGUGGGGGAUAUUCAGGAUAGCAGUCAUCGGGUAUGGGUCCUUCAGGGAAAGACCCUCACAGCAGUCCCAAGGAAGCAGCACACGGUUCCAGUCACUAUUACCUUAAUCCCAUGCAAGAACCUGGAGACUCUUGAGAAAGACAGAGGGAAUCCCAUCUACCUGGGACUGAAGGAACCAGAGCUCUGCCUAUCUUGUAGGAAGGUCGGGGAGCAGCCCAUGCUGCAGCUCAUGGAACAGAACAUAAUGGACUUGCAUAACCAGUCCAACCCUGUGUUACCCUUUCUCUUCUACCACAAUCGGAGUGGCAGUAUCUCCACCUUUGAGUCUGUGGCCUUCCCUCGAUGGUUCCUUUCUGCCGGCUCCAAAGGAGAAUGUCCUCUCAUCCUUACCCAAGAACUGGGGACGAUCAACACCACUGAAUUUCAGUUAACUAUACUGAAGUAA